AUGUCGACGCCGACUACCCCCGCCGCCGCCGCCUCCUCCACCGCCGUGGCUCCGGCGCAUGAGAUGGCCACGUCGCCGCCGCGGCGCCCGGCGCAGCAGUUGCUCUCCGGCCACGCGCGCCGCCCAAGGUUCGACGGUCGCUCUCCGCCGCCGCUGCCGCCACACUGGAGGGUUCCCUGCGCCGGCCCCUUCUUCGACCCCUACAGCGGAUUCGCAAGCAAUGGCUACGGCGGCGGCGGCGGCGGCGGCGGCGGCUACUUCUCCCCGCUCAAUCGGGNGCCGCCGCCGCCGCCGCCCCCGCCGCUGCCGCACGCGUUCGCCCUAGGGCACAGGUUGCCCCCGCCCGUGCCGUUCGGGCCCCACUUCAGCCUCCCCGCGCCCCCGCUGAUGUUCGAUCACCGCCACCGGAUUCCUCCUUUCGGCGCCAACUUUGCCGCGCCCUUCCCGCCUUUGGAUCCCUUUGGCGCUCCCUUCAAUCCAGAAGCAAGUGGUUAUAGUAACAACUUUCCUAUAAAUAACCUCGAAACUCCGCCGACUCCAGUUAAUUCCGAGCCAGUUCAAAAGUAUGUGAUUGUUAUUGACGGCAAAGUUGAGAUCGUUGAUCACCCAGAACUACUCAGAAAGCUGCGCCGUCAAGUAGAGUAUUACUUCAGUGAUGAAAACUUGGUCGACGAUUGGUACUUGAAGUCAAUAAUGGAUAGUGAAGGAUGGGUAACCGUGAGAGAAAUUGCAGAAUUCCGGAAAGUUAAACAGUUGACGAAAAAUUUAGAUGUGUUCCAGCUCUUACGGGAAGCGCUAGUGACCUCGAAUCAUGUUGAGAUCCAGCUGCAGGAGGACAAGAUGCGUAAGAGUGUUGUUGUCCACGACCCUCCGGACCAGGCAAUACCUGCUCCUGGUCAAUAAAUGCGAAGAAACUGUGCAGUAAAUAUCUAUUUUUCUUCUUUUUUUUCUGGAUAAUUGAAAAAAGAGACAAACACGAGUAAAUAUUAGGUAUACAAGUGUUCCCUACUACUAUAAGUCAUUUUAGUGCAUAUAUAGUCGGUUUUUAGUUUACUUUUGAUCAGCACCCCCUUAGCUUUAUCCACUUCGAACAUACAUAAGUAUGCGAAUAACCAAAGCGAAAGGUUAAGGCGGUGCUGCUUACAAAUUUAAAUUUAAAAACUAAUCUAAAAUGACUUUUAGUUGUUGAAGGGUCUUCUAGCGAGUUAGAUGUUUUGUCAGGAACAUUAUACCGUAGCGUCAUGCGAAGAGUCGUGUCGCAGGGUUCACCUUAGCAUUAUUAUUUCUCUGUUCUCUAAUCCACUGCAUUGAGUGGAGAGAACAUUUACAAAUUUAAAUUUAAAAACUAAUCUAGAAUGACUUGUAGUCGUCUAGCGAACUAGAUGUUAUGUCAGGAACAUUAUAGUAUAGCGUUUUUAUGAGUCCGAGUCGUAGGGUUUGAUCUUAGAAUUAUUAUUUCUCUGUUCUCUAAUCCACUGCAUUGGGUGGAGAGAACAUUAGAGGGGGAGUUGUGUGAAAAAUUUUUGGCCAUUUUUGAUAUAUAUAUAUAUAUAUAUAUAUAUAUAUAUAUAUAUAUAUAUGAUUAGUUGCUAUUAUUUUGACUGACUUGUUUGGAUAGCAAGGCCAGGUAAUCGUUUUAUUGAGUCUCAAGUUAACUUGUAUCUUACCAGAUUACUUCUUUUUCACAUGGCUUUAUCUGCGCUUUUCGGCUUCUCUAUUCAGGAUUUGUCCUCUUUAGAGUUGUUUUGCUGAUGCUGCUAAAUUUUUGGGUGAUGUUAUUUAUUGAGCUAAUUUGAAUAUUGAUAGAUUGAUUGAUCACUAUUCAUUCGUUGAUGUAAAUUAACCAAAAUUCGAUGAAUCUGAUCUGCCUCUC